AUUGUGAUAACCCAAUAAACACAAAUCAUAGCACCCUGUCUCAUUAUUUCACAACAAAAUAUCACAUUUUGGUGCAAAAUUAUUAAGUACUCCACGUGCGGUGGUUUCUUGUUUUAUGAAAUUAAAACAUAUAAAAGAGUUGGUUAUUGCCAAAAAAAGUGGAAAACUGAAAUUCACUGACCACGAUGGCUGAUCAUCAAUUUAGUGACGCAGAAGAAGACACUGCAAUUCCAUUUGUAGACUACUUAGCACAAAAGAUUGAAAAAGUAACAAUUAAACAUGUAAUGUUUACGGGACUUGAUAAUCAUAUAGAUGAUGAUAAGGAUGAUUUAAAACAAAAACUGAUCUCAACAACUGGAGAUGAAAAUGAUGAAGAAUAUGAUGAUGAUGAAGAUUAUGCUGAGAAUGAAGAACUAGAUGAUGCAUAUGACUACGAAGAAUCCUAUACAGGUAGUGCUAAUGUUUCUUGUACAAAACGACUAAAUAGUUAUCAGCCUAACGACAACUUGUUGCGUCGAUAUUCUGCACGCAUUAAUGUUGAAAAGUAUGAUCCAACAACAAAUAUGAGUGCACAAGCUGCAAAUCGGAUUGUUGGAUUUGAUCGCAAACAGGAUUCAGAGCGGUUUCGAGUACGUGAUAAAAAUGAUCGUGCUACUGCCGAACAAGUAAUGGAUCCACGCACAAGAUUAAUAUUAUUUAAGUUAUUAAAUCGUGGGCUUAUUAAAGAAAUAAAUGGUUGUAUAUCUACCGGCAAGGAAGCAAAUGUGUAUCACGCCAUCUCGAAGAACGAUGCAGAAGAGUUUGCAAUCAAAAUAUACAAAACCUCAAUUUUAGUUUUCAAAGAUCGUGAUAAGUAUGUCUCAGGUGAAUUCCGUUUUAGACAUGGCUAUUGUCGUCAUAACCCACGGAAAAUGGUGCGAACUUGGGCUGAAAAGGAAAUGCGCAAUUAUCUACGCAUGCACAAUGCAGGUGUUCCUGUACCAGAACCAAUCAUAUUACGUCAGCAUGUACUAGUUAUGCGAUUUUGCGGACAACAAGGUUGGCCUGCUCCGAAGCUUAAAGAUGUAGAGAUAACAUCAUCGAAGGCGAGAGAACUCUAUCGAGAUUGUGUUAUUAUAAUGUGGCGUAUCUACAACAAAUGCCGUUUGGUUCACGCUGAUUUGUCGGAGUUUAAUAUAUUAAUACAGAAUGGGCAAUUGGUAAUUAUUGAUGUCAGUCAAUCGGUAGAACAUGAUCAUCCACAUGCAUUUGAUUUCUUACGAAAAGAUUGUACCAAUAUAUCAGAGUUCUUUCGAAAAAAAGGUGUUGCGACUAUGACUGUCAAAGAGCUUUUUGAUUUUAUAACAGAUCAGACAAUAACCGAAGAUAAUAUGGAAAUAUGUCUUGAAGUUAUUUCAGAACGGAUAAAUGAUCGUGAUUUUGACGCAAUUACGGCACAAGAAAAAAUUGAUGAAGCUGUUUGGCAAAAUACUUACAUACCAAAAAGACUAGAUGAGGUGCAACACUUUGAACGAGACGUUGAUAAAGCAAAAAAAGGCGAAAAGCAAAAUUUAAUAUACGGUAAGAUUACUGGCUUAGACGAAUCUCUAAACGUGCAAGAAAAGCCUAAUAUAUUAACUGACCAUGAUGCUCAAAGUGCUAAUAAUGUAAGCCAAGGCAAUGAAAAAAAGAAAUCAAAUACAACAGGAAGAGAAAAUAUAAGGAAAAUAAGUCAAAAUGAUGAGAAUGAAGAUGAUAACGAUUCAACUGAAGACAGUGAGGACGCUACAUUUAAGAGUUCUGCCAGGCCUCGGGAUGAGUCUCCGGAAAGCAAAAAAGCGCGUAAAAAGGCUGUUAAAGAAGCUAACGCAGAAAAACGAAAAGUAAAAGUAAAAAAACACGUAAAAAAACGUAAAGAGAAAGUAAAUAGUACUAAAAAGUAAA